UUGGAUCUGGAAUUUGUGUUUUGCGAUCAUAAUGUUUAAAUGUUUUAUUUCUAGAUAAAUUACGUUUUACUAGCAUUUACUUAAUUAAGUGCUAAAUUAACAUUAAAACAUAGGAAAAUCAUAAAAAAAGAAAUGGACAAAUCUUAGAAUUAAAUGUUAAAAUAAGUAAUUGCUUAGUUUAUAAGUUGAAUUUACAAUAAAUAAGCAGUAUUUUCAUAAUGACAACAGAAACUAAGUUCGACUGUGUUUUCUGUAAAGAAGUUUUUGGAGAUAAAGCCGAUUUGUUAGUUCAUUUUAGAAAACACGGCGAUCCAAAAUUUAAUACCUACACAAAAUAUAAAAGCCGACAACAGAAUGAAAUGCCCAAAACCGAGAAAACUUCCGAAGAAAAUGAAUUGGUUGGCUGUGAUGUGUGUGAAGAAGUAUUUCCAACAAUAUCGAAAGCUAUAACUCAUAAACACAAAGCUCAUCCAGAUCAUGAUGCUAAAUAUUUCUGUCCGUUUUGUGGAAAAUUAUUCACAAUGAAGCAUUUAUAUAAUAAACACCUACAAACCAAUCAUGAAUCCUCUGAAGCAACUGAUACGAAUGAUUUUCAUUGUGACUGUUGUGAAGUUACAUUUCAUGUGCCAUCGGCUAUGCUUUACCACAAUAAAUUCUUUCACCGACAAGAUACUGAACUACCAGCUUUUGGACAUUCGAAGAAAGUGAAAACUUACAAUCAGGAACCAAUACAAAUUUAUUACUGUGCUUUUUGUGGUGAAGAAUAUAACAACAAAGUGAACCUACAUAAACACAUGGGCGAUGAUCAUGGAGAUGAGAAUCAAAGCCCAACUGAGAUAUUAAGAUGUCCUCUUUGUGAAGCUAUUUUCUACCAUCUAGAUGCUUAUGAAUUACACCUUACAUUUCACUCUACUGAUGACAUGUAUAGUGAACAAAAUGAAAUGAAAGAAAAAGUGACCGAAUUUUCACUUGAAACAGUAUCGCCUAUUAUUGAGAAGGUUGAGGAAGAAGUAGAAGAAGAUGAGGGAAUGAAUACAGCGAGCAUUGAUAGUUUUCUUCAAUUAGUAAUGGGGGAGUCAGCAGAUAAUGACGCCCCAGAUAAGGUGAAAUCAAAGAAACAUAAAAAACAUAAGAAAUCAAAAAAAGCUGCUAUUACACUUGAUGAAUUCUUAAACAUGAACAAAGACGUUUUCGGCGAUGGCCUUAAUGUGCAAGGAAUAGAGGAAGUACCGACUCAAGUUGUUCUGAAAAAAGUAAAAGGUAAAAAAAUACCUAACAAACCCGAACCUAAAAUGGUAAAUGCAGAUUUAGCUAAGUUAAAAAAACAUGGUAUAGUUGUAAAGACGAAAUCUGGAAAUAAUUCUCUUUCGAACAAUUUUAAUAAAGAAGGAAAUAGACCGAACACUAUAAGCACUCCUAACGAAAUAUUGUCUAAGCUAAUGAACCAAGGAAAUAAUCAAAUAAAAAUUGUAAAAAAAAGUGUAUCGCAAAAUGUAAAAAAGGACAUCACUGCCAAUCUUGCAACAAAUACAGUUGACAAACCUAUUGAUAGUACUAUAGAUAAAGAUGUUACUUUGGACCAUAAAGAAGAAGAGAUAGGAAAUUUAACAAAAACAGAUAAUGCACCCAUUGAAAAUGAUGUAGAUGUGAAUGGUGAAAUAUCCAAUAACUUACAAGAUAGUCAAAAUCCAAUUAAAAAUGACUCUAAUCUGCUUAUUGAAAGUGAUGUUACUAAAGUUGUUGAAGAGAACAGUGAUAUAAUUGAAAAUGAUAAAAAAGCUAUUUCAGAAAAAAAAAGUACAUAUAUUGCCGAUAAUAUAUCCCCUUCUACUGUGGAAGAGAAAAACAAAAUUAUUUCAAAUGUUAAUAUAGCUAGCCCUAAUCAACUUUCAAAAAGUUCACAUGAUACAAACCCGGACUUUGUUUUAGAUAACAAAGCUGUCAAAGAAACAUUUUCUAGUUUUGAUAACAAUGAUAGUAGUAAAAAAGAAAUGGAAAACAAUAUUGCGAAUACAACCUUAAAUGCUUUGAAGCAUUUAAGUCAUCUUAUAACAGUCAAGCCGGUAAUUCAAGAUAAAACCACAAAUGUUAGCUCCAAAAAUAAUGAAAUGAUUAAUCAAGAAAAUAAAGAUUUGGAAAUUAAAAAUAAUGAUAAAGAAUCUGUUGCUACACCUUUACACAUAGAACAGAAGAUUGUUUUAAGUAAACCGCUUAGUGGAAAUAUAACACUGAAACCUGCAAAUGAAUCUCCUUUAUUACCGACUUUCAAUUCUGAUGCCGAAAGCGAAUGUGAUGAAUUUAAUGAUAAUUGUGAAAAUAUAUCAAAUGCAGAAUUCAAUAAACUUGAUGAACCUGAAGCUUUGAAUCAGAAUAUUGUUGAAAUUAGAAAAUUAAAAAUCAGAAACCCUCCUAUCGGUAUAGAGAAAAAUACAAAAAAUGAUGAAACAACUGAUGAAGAAGAGGUAAAAAAUGAAGAAUGCCAUAAAAAGGCAUCUAAUCUUGAUAUUUUAAAACGUUUGACAAACGUUACAGCUAAGCCUAUUUCUGCUACCACAGGUAUUAGUCCAAUUUCUACAAUCAAACAAGACAAAAAUAAUAUUACCCAGGUACAGGAUGUAGUGCCGAAAAAUCCUGGUAAAAGUAGUAUAAACGACGAAAUAGAGAUUUUUAAUAUAGAUGACUCCGAUAGUGAGGGCAACGAAAGUGAUGCAGUCAACACCACAACCGAAAAUACGCCUUCAAAUUUACCACUAACCGCAUUGAGACAUCUUGGCAAAAACAUUGUCGUUAAAUCCAAUCAAAAAAAUGUAUUUCAAAAUGAACUAAAGAUUGAUAACAAAAAUAUAAAAAUCGAAAGUAGAAGGAUGAAUAAACAGUCUCCAGAGAUUCAAAAGAGUAUAAAUCUUCAAAACAAAUUAAAGAUUUUAGGUGGAAAUAUAAGUGUUAAGUCUCGUAAUUCUUCUCCAAAUACAUACAAAACUGGAUUACUGAAAAACUUUGGAGAGUAUGAUAAUGACGACGACUACGACGAGGUAAAUGAUAGUGGUUCGGAAUCGAACAUAAAUAAAGUAAAAAUUACUGAAAUGUACGACAAUGAUAACAGCGAUAAUGAGGGUGAAAGUCAAAAUAAUGCAAUAGUGGAGUCGCCGAAUGUAUCGAAUAGUGAAAAUGAAGAUAUUAAUGAUGACAUGGAAGACGAUUUGUCUGAUUUUGAAAGCCAGAUUAAAAGUAACACUCUAAAAAAAGAAGAUAUCGUGGCAAAUUCAAAUAAAACCACAAGUUUUGAAAAUUUUAAAAAUUUAAAUAAAGAUCUCACAAUUAAAUCUUUAAACACAAAGAAACAGAAUCCUGAGGGAGAUGUUAAUUUAUCAUGUCAGAAAGAAAUCACAGAAGAUAAACCUAAUGUGAAUAAGCCAGUAGUUACAAAGCAAUUGAAAACAAACUUGUUACAAACUGAGCUACCUAUUAAUAAAUCUAGUCAAUUAGCCAGCACUUCAACAAAUCAAGCUUCAUUUAAUAAAAAAGUUUCUACUUCAUCAAAUCAAGUAAACACUGUAAAAACAGUAAAGAGGUUUCAAUCACAAACUGUUAUUGAAGAAAUUACAACAACUGUUACUAAGACGAUAAGAACUGUUAAUCAAUCCACUAAUGAAGUUGUGCAAAAUCGAUGCAAUACUAAGCCUAUGAUAAGACCACAGAAGAUAAUGUAUAAGCUGCCAGGCAAAGAAUUACAGGGUACUGCAGUCAGACACGCUUCUCCCCCUGUUGGUACUAAGAUUAGAAAUGCGUCUAAUAUUAUAAGACCUUCAAAUUCAACUAUCGUCAGACCAUCAAAUCAACUUGUACCUGCCCGACCCGUUCUAAAUUUACCACGGCCCACUGGCCUUGGUGCACCUAUCGUGAGAAAAGUCGUUCCUCCUAAAUGUAGUCCACAAAAACCGGCGAUUGGAAAAUUAAAAAUUUCUCCUCAUGCCCUAAACCAAGCAAUAAAGAGACCUUCAGAUGAAGCAACUGGACACUUUAGUUGUUUUAAGAAACCUAAAGAUUCCCUUGGUAAUAUACCAGAUAUGGCAGACUAUGAUGAUGAUAAUGCAAUGCAAUUCAGUUCGGCUUCUCAGAGUCGCUCUGACUUCUCCAGUGUUACUAAGACUGUAAAAGGCAAAGGCUUAAUAACAGCCACUCAAACGCGAUCAGAAGUCAGUACAAAUUCUCAACAACAACUUAGCAGAUUAAGUAAUGUCUCUGGACUAAAGAUAGUGAAAACAAAUUCAAAACAAGCUUCACAACUAGAAGAAAAAUAUGAAAUUAAUACUGCUCAAAAGAAUACAUUAGACGCUCUCGAAAAGUUACAGAAACAAGGACUUUUAAUUAAAAAGCCACGUAUUGAUGAUUGCAACGAACAACCUAAUUCGUUCAGUGAAAGUGACGAUGAAGCGAAUGAGAAAUGAUGAUUGGGAUAGUUAGGAUAAUAAUGACUUAUCCUAUUAUAAUUGCUAAAAUGUUAUAAAGUCAAUAAAAUCAGACUUUCGAAAAAGAAGUAUCAUGAAUUUUUGUUGAGAGGUUUUAUAAAUUUAAAAUUACCAGAGUUAUCUUUUUUUUUCUUAGUUUCAGUUUUUAUUAAAACGCAGACUCAUUUGACAGAUUAACAUCAUAUUUAGCAACAUAAACUUUGACGCAAGCAAAAGUAGUUCGUACUUUCUUUUAUUUAUAUGCUUUUUUUAAAAGAUCAAGAUCUUUUCAAAAAGUUCUGCCACAAAUAAUAUAUUUAAAUCACUUUUCUAUUCAUUGCUUUUAAUUUGAAAUGUUUAUUACAUCAGUAAUUGAAAAAUGUGUUAAUUUAGAAUAAGGUGUAUAUAAAUAAGAAUAAAAUGUAUAAUACAUACAUAUAAAGCAAGUUUCGAAGUGUUGUUAAAAAUUAGUUCAUUUGAAAUGACUGUUCCUUAAUUAUUAUUAUUAUUUAUCAUAUAAUUUAAUGACUUUGUACAUAAAUAUACGUGUUUUUCAUUAUUUUGCAAGUGUGAAAGGAAGGAAAAUACUUGAUUUAUUAAACGGGCAAUAAUAAGAAUUGAAGUUAUUAUUGUUUAAUAUAAUAAACUAUAUUUACAUCGAGAAAUAACAUUAAUACCCACAGUCCAAAUACUUUGUUAUAUGAAAAUAUAUUGUUUAAAUAAUCAGAUAUAAAGGUAUUGAUAAAUAAUUCCAUUUAGAUAUUGACCCAUCACCGACUAAGUACUUUUUGUAUCCACUUUAUUUUGCCUCCACUUUUGAUCC